AACUUGCAGGAAAACAACCUCGAUUGGGAUCUUCUUGAUUGUGGUAGAGGCCACAAGCUAAUGGCAGAAGUUUGUGGUCGAUUCUGUGGAGUAUAUCUACUUACCUGUUUUUAUGAAGUAACUAGGGAAAAUGAAGGUAUUUCUUGAGGUCGUUUGGUUGAUCUUAAAAUUAACGUACUAUUAUUUUGAAGCAUUAGUCCUUCUUUUCACAAAGCCAAAGAAAAAAGAUGUUAGUGGAAGAACAGUUUUGAUUACAGGUGGCGGAGGUGGGCUUGGGAAGCAAUUGGCCAUACAAUUUGCAAAGCAUGGAGCAAGAAUUGUUUUAUGGGAUGUAGAUACAGAUGCAGCUGAUAGAACUGUAGCCAUUAUAAGGGAAAUGAAUGCGGAUGCAUUUGCUUACUAUUGUGACUGCAGAAAUGAAGAUGAAGUUGCCAAAAUGGCAAGAAAGAUUACCAAAGAAAUUGGUCCUGUUGAUAUUCUUAUAAAUAAUGCUGGUAUUCUCAAUGGAAAAAGUCUUUUAAUGCUGAGCACAGAUGAAAUAAGAAGAACUUUUGAUGUCAAUGUGUUGGCUCAUUUUUGGACACUUAAAGCAUUUCUACCAACAAUGAUUGAGAAGAAUGAAGGACAUAUUGUUACCAUAUCAUCAUCAGCUGGUUUAAGUGGAACACCAUAUUUAUCAGACUAUUCAGCUUCAAAAUUUGCAUUAUUGGGCAUACAUGAAUCAAUGUUUCUUGAACUGCGAGACAAUGGAAUAGAUGGUGUGAAAUUCACUAUUGUCUGUCCAAAUUUUAUAAACACUGGAAUGUCUUGGUACCCAAAAACAAAGGUGCCAUGGCUACUCCCUAUUCUUGAUGCAGAAGAUGUUGCCAAAGAGAUUCUGAUAGCUGUAAGGACAAACCAGCAGUUGCUUGUACUACCAAAAGCUUUGAUACCUCUGGUUUCUUUGAAAAGUUUGGUUCCAACGAAAGGCGGACUUGCAAUUUAUGACUGGACUGGUCUUGGCAUCGAGCCCCAUAUUCCUCUUUCAAGAAAGAGACAAUUAAAGAAACAGUCCGAGAAAUCAAAGCAAAUAUGAAUUGGUAUAAAGGUUAGAUUUAUCACAUAAACCGAAAAAGUAGUGUAAAGUGUAACCGAAAUGCUAGUUAUUGAUGCAAAGUAAUAGUGGACAGCUUUUUAACACAAAUAAAACACUUAGAAGCUAUUUUACCAUACAGUUUUGUUUAAUGCCUAUUUGCCCUGUUUUAACUAUUCCUUGCUUUAAAGGGCAUGUGUCGUGGAUCUGAUUGACUAAUACAUUACAAUGAUCUCUGUUGUUUAAUACAUAGCACGGAAUCGUGGAUGAAUUUGCACGGCAGAAAAAUUCAUGAAGCAGAAAUGAAAAGUCACGAACAAUACAAUUCUAGUCCCAAUGUUUUUGUUGCAUUAGCCAACUGCUAACGCGACAUAUGCCCUUUAAUCAAAGCAUGUUGUUGCUUUAAAUUGUACUUAAAAUGAUUUUUGAAACCUAGAUCUGGAAUCAAAUCAUGUCUUAAUGUUUUCCAGCUAAUCCUGACAAUAUAAAACGUAACGUAAUUGCUUUCAACUUCUAUCGCAAUUUAACUACAAUUCAGCAUAAUUAGCUUUUGCAAAACUUUUUCUCUAUCUAUUUGCAUAACAAUAAUUUUGCUUAUAAUAUGCAUGAUUUUGAUAUGA